AUGUCGUGUGUAUAUAUUCCCGUUUCCCACACAGACAAUUUAACUCAAACAAAAUAGUAUGGCUUCUUUCUUCUUAAUAGUUUCACUUCUCUUUGCACUAUUCUUCUCUCCUCUUGUUGAGUCACAAAAUCCAAUCGAUUCUUGCUGGCGUACAAACCCUAACUGGGAAUCAAACCGUCCUGAUCUAGCCGGUUGCGCGGUGGGAUUCGGAAAAUACGCGUCUGGGGGCAAAGACGGGUCGAUCUAUGUGGUCACAAGCUCAGAAGACGACCCUGAAAACCCUAUCCCUGGAACCCUACGACAUGCCGUGAUCCAGACCGAGCCGCUAUGGAUCACAUUCGAACGUGACAUGGGCAUAGUGUUGAAAAACGAGCUCAUCAUGAACAGCAACAAGACCAUUGACGGAAGAGGAGCAAAAGUGGAAAUCGCGCACGGACCAUGCAUCACGAUCCAACACGUGAGCCAUGUCAUUAUACAUGGUAUAAGUAUCCACCACUGCAAACCGGGUAAAUCGGGUUUGGUACGGAGCACUCCGACUCAUAUUGGUAGACGGGGAGGAUCGGACGGUGAUGCAAUCUCCGUGUUCAAUUCGUCAAAUGUUUGGAUCGAUCAUUGUUACUUUUCCCAGUCUGAAGAUGGAUUGAUCGAUGUGGUACUUGGUUCGACUGCCGUCACUAUUUCUAAUAGUUACUUCACUCAGCAUGAUAAAGUAAGUAUAUCUAUAUACAUUAAGUUGUAACUUAUUAAAACAUUGAAUAUUAAUUAUACUUUUGAUAUUUAUGAAGGUGAUGUUGCUUGGCAAUCACGACAACAUUGUCGUAGAUGAGAAUAUGAAAGUUACAAUUGCAUUCAACCACUUUGGACCGGGUCUCAUCGAGAGAAUUCCUAGGUAUAUAAAUAUAUUUUACUAACUAAAAUUUAACUUAAUGAACAUUAGAAAAUGCUGACAUGAAUAUACAACUAAUGAUGUGGUAGGGUGAGGAGAGGGUUUGCGCAUGUAGCAAACAAUAGAUACAAUAAAUGGCUAAAGUAUGCGCUUGGAGGAAGUGCCGAUCCAACCAUUUUUAGUGAAGGCAACUACUUUCUUGCUCCUGAUGACCCUAGCAAAAAACAGGUUUCGUCGUUUUAUAUUUAUUAAUAUAUAAUAUAUAUAUUAUUAUUAAACAUAUGGAUUAAUGUAUUCGUUAUCAAUUGUUUUUGAGUCAAGAAAACUCCCUUAAUAUAAAGGUGUUGUACAUAUAUGAAGGUGACAAAGAGACUAGAGAGUGGAAAUGAUCGUAGCUGGAAAUGGAUUUCUUCAAAAGACGUUUUCUUGAACGGAGCUUACUUUGAGCCGUCUAUCAACGGAAAAGUCACGCAGGUGUACGAAGGAGAAGAGGAGUUUCCGGUGUACGAUGGCUCUCUCGUCCCUAAUCUUACUUCUGCCGCAGGUCCUCUGAGUUGCUACUCCGGCAGGAUCUGCUGAUUAAUUUAUCUUAUUCGUUAAUGUGUUUUGCGGUUUCUUUUUUUUUACGUCGGGACAACAUUCAAAUUAUAUUGGAAGAUUUCUAGAUCUGUUUUACGACAUGGAAGCAUCCAGUGUUUACCCUUUCCUUGCCUUUUUCAAACUUGCUAGCGUAUACACAUGAAUUAAAAGGACGGUCUGAAAUCUGAACAAAUCUAUACAUACUUUUAAUUUAGUUGGAAAAUAUAUAAUUUAGAACUUUAGUUUGGUUUGAAAAACUUACAUAUAUAAUCAUGUUAAAACGCGUCAAAAAUACAAAAUUCCUUUAUCCCAAACUUGUAGUAUACACAUAAUCAAAAGAUGAAAAGGAAAAGACAAAA